AUGGCCCCAAGCAGCCGAAAAUCGACCACGGCGGCCGAGGUUGCCCUUGUGCCACUGAAAAACUGUCUGGUUAACUUGCCCCCAUCUCUUGUUUCUCUGCUGGUUAAUGCAAAUACUCCUGCCCAAAAUGUCAUCGUUGAAUUGCAAUACCGAGCUUCUUCGUCUGGCUCAAUUAACGCCGGGGCUUCUUCAUCCCAACGAUUCGCAUAUACUGGGUGGACAGGAAUGCCAAGUAAACGAAAGCUUGCUCCCGUUGUUGGAAGGAAUGGCAUCAAUAGCUCCCGUGUGGCGCCUAGGGACCAGGAAAUAUCCAUUGUCGAAAUCGACUCUACAUUUGGGCGAGUAUUGGGAUUAAACGACGGCCAAAAGGCGAAUCCACCCGUUGCCCAUACGAUCAACAUUGAGCCGUUGACACCGACAGACUGGGAAAUCAUCGAGUUACACGCAAAUUUCCUAGAGCUGAAUCUCCUUUCACAAAUACGGGCCCUUCCAAAUCCGGCAUAUAGUAGCACCCCAUCAGGACAAGCAGAAAACGCCCAUCCACUUACCCUUCAUCUUUCUCCAACGUCGACUGCAAACAUAAUUAUAACUUCAUUGACACCAGCAGUUUCUACUUCAUCUCCGUUCGCGAAAAUUGCACCAGACGCCGAGGUUAUUGUUGCACCAAAAGUUCGCCCAAAGUCCGCAAGGUCUUCCCGUGGUGAAAGUCGAAGCGUCACAAGUACCAGUCGAAAAAGUGUUGGGGGCCGUAGUAGCAGUGGUACGGUUCGCCCAAAAAGCAGGGACUCAGAAAACCCCUCUCGGGGUGCUGUGUAUCUUCGCGGCGUUGAUAAACAUUUCGCACAGGGUUGGUUCGAUGAGGCGACUGAAGAUCUGAGUCCUGGAACAUUCAAAGUAUGGAUACACAGCGAUAUACUUUCAAAGUAUGAGCUACGAGGUACGACUCAUGUAUGCGUCUCUGUUGUUCGCCCUGCUGGAUUGUUACCACCUGUCGAUCCCCAACAACAAACGCAGCACAAGGAACAAGAAUCAACUGAGGCCGGGGAAAUCACCAGGAAAUUGGUUGCUGAAGUAUAUUCGUGGAAUGAAAGCCCUGAUUCUAAUCAUGUGGCACUUUCGUCCGUUUUAUGCUCUGCACUCGGUGCAGAAGGUAUGGUUGGGGGAUUGGUUCGAAUAGAAGCCGCCCCAGCUCAGAAAGCAGCUGUAAAAACCGUUAAACUAUUUCCUUUCAACCUCGACUCUUCAAGAAGAAAAGAAGGCUUGAAAUUUGGAGGCGAGUCUGCAGCUUACAAGGAGGCUCUAGUUGAGAGAAUCAAAGCCGUAUACGGAAGCCCGGGAGCGGAUACUGGAAUUUUUGGAGGCCCAAUCACAGACGGUAUGGUGCUCCCUAGAUUAGAGAGCCAGGCGCCAUCUCUUGAUUUUGAAGAAGCAUUGGUUCGGUUCGAACCACCGUCAAGUACUCCUUCAGACGACAAAGCCUCGUUCGGGUGGGUACUUGGCUCUGAUGUGAAAUUUAAUAUUGAGGUCCAAGCAGCUAUUGUCAAGCCAACGGAAAGCAGCUUCGUACCCGUUGCCGCCGACGAAAAAUUGCCGAAUAAAAUACCUGAAAUGGUUGGAAUUGAUUCAAUUAUUGAGAAUUGCAUAUCAAAUUUGACCCGUUCUUCGUCAAUUCUUGUUACCGGUGGUCUAGGAUCCGGGAAAACUUCGCUUUGCUAUGUGUUGGGUCAGCAACUACAAGAGGACUGCUUGUUUAACGUCUCUUACUUCCCGUGUCGGAAGCUAGUCACGGAUGAAACACGGAUUUCUAUGAUCAAAGAUACCCUCCAUCGUUUGUUUUUAUCCGCUUCUUGGUGUGCUCGGCUUGGCGGCCAGUCGAUUGUAAUCUUGGAUGAUAUAGACAAGCUCUGCCCCGUCGAGACUGAACUUCAAGUGGGUGGUGAGAAUGGCCGAAGUCGGCAAAUAAGCGAAAUAUUCUGCGCCAUUGUCAGAGAAUUUUGUUCAGCGAAUUCUUCUGUUGUUCUUCUAGCAACAGCGCAAUCAAAAGAGGCGCUUAACAACGUUAUUAUUGGCGGCCAUGUGGUCCGAGAGAUAGUGAGCUUGAAAGCCCCGAACAAAGAAGGAAGAAGAAGAGUCCUUGAGAAAUUAACUAGCGAAGAUACACCGGCUAGUAGCCUCCCUAAUAAUAUGAAUGGCAUUUCGCACAGUCGCAAGUCCUCCUCUCAGGAUUCUUGGCUUGACCCUUCUAACCCAGGCACAAGACCUGGUUCUGCAGAAGAACAAGAUGGCUUUUCGUUGAGUCGCGAUCUGGAUUUUCUUGACUUGGCUGGGAAAACUGAUGGUUAUAUGCCUGGAGAUCUCGUACUACUUGUCGCUAGAGCAAGAAACGAAGCCUUAAUUCGUUCUGUCCAGGAUAUCGAUUCUCUUUCCUCCACCAUUACUCUUGGUAUAGAAGAUUUUGACCAAGCUUUAAAGGGUUUUACGCCUGCUUCCCUUCGCAAUGUCACUUUGACAUCUUCAUCUACAACAUUCGCGGCUAUUGGAGGUCUGCAUGAAACUAGGAAGACUCUCCUCGAGACUCUACAAUAUCCCACCAAGUACGCCCCUAUAUUUGCCCAAUGUCCUCUUAGGCUUCGGUCUGGCCUUCUACUCUACGGUUUCCCAGGCUGUGGAAAAACCCUUCUCGCGAGCGCCGUUGCUGGCGAAUGUGGUUUAAAUUUCAUUAGCGUCAAGGGGCCAGAAAUUCUUAACAAGUAUAUUGGUGCCAGUGAAAAAAGUGUUCGAGAUUUAUUUGAAAGGGCAGAAGCCGCUCGACCAUGUAUUUUGUUCUUUGAUGAAUUUGACAGUAUUGCACCGAAGCGUGGUCAUGAUUCCACUGGGGUAACAGAUCGUGUUGUCAACCAGCUACUUACACAGAUGGAUGGUGCGGAAGGACUGUCCGGUGUGUAUGUUCUAGCUGCAACAUCACGGCCAGACUUGAUUGAUCCGGCAUUGCUUCGCCCUGGCCGUCUCGAUAAAUCACUCCUCUGCGAUAUGCCAAAUCAUGACGACAGGGUGGACAUCAUCUUGGCUUUGGCCAAAAAGCUAAAGCUCAGCGAAGAAGUCAUGGAGCACAUUGGUACCGUCGCUAAUCGGACUGAAGGCUACUCUGGCGCCGAUCUUCAGGCGGUUGUAUACAAUGCGCAUCUAGAAGCCAUCCACGACGCUCUUGGUGAUAGGACAGCUGAUAAACCACAAUCAAAGCCCAAAUACACGUCCAACGACACCAACGGAUCUAAUACUGAUCAGAAAACAAACAGGCCAUUUAUUCAGUUCUUAUAUGACCCAGAGGAGCAUGCCGUCGCCACCGCAAGCGGACGGGGCACGUCAUCUGACGCACCAUCGCUGACGCCUCCUGCCAUCAUUGCUGCAAAAUUAGAGUCCUUUAAAAAGACUCGAAGACGCCAAAGAGACCUGGAGCGUGGCGUAUCAUCGGAGAUGUCGAAUGCCCUUAAUGGGACGAACGGGGUGUUGGACAAUGAAGAUUCGAGCGAUAACAUCCAUAUUGAAUGGGCUCAUAUUGAACGUUCCUUGGAGACAACGCGGUGUUCAAUCAGUGACAUUGAAAGACGAAGACUGAAUGCCAUAUAUCGCGAGUUUAUUGAAGGGCGAAAUGGAGAGAUGCCAACCGGCGAAGGGGGAAGGGAAAUUGGUGGUAGGACGAGUUUGAUGUGA